AUGUCUGAUGAAUUAUCCACAACAAAAUCUGCCACAGACCCAAUAGAAACCACAACCCAAACUUCUGAUGAUACCCCUAAAGAACCAACCACCACGGAAACCAAAGAAACCGAUACCGUUAUCGAUGAUCGCAUAUUAUUCCAUUGUAAAUUAUGUGGCCUGCACGAAAAAGUCCAUUACUAUGGCGAGCAGCCAUCUUUUGUUUAUGGUCUGGAAUUUUGUGAACCCACAUAUAUAAUGCGUGAUCCAUUUCAGCCGCCCAUACCAAAGUGGAAAUCAAAGCCGGAAUAUUUUAUAGCAAUCGGAGCUGAAUGUAUUCGAUGCAGCAAUAUGAUAUGUAAAGAUACCUCGUGUAGUUUCUUCUAUAAGCGUACCUAUUGUAUGGAAUGUGCCAAGGCGUUAGCGACUACAUUUCCAAUGGAUAUACAGGUGAAAAUAAAGAAGCAAUUGGCGAUGGGGACAAUGAGGAGUUGA